AUGUCGUCAACAGUCUUAACAGAGCUGGAUGCAGCUCUUCAUUAUAUGCAAUCAUUGAAACCUCCUGGAGUGUCUGGAUCAAAGAUAAACAGUAUAACGGCCCUCUGUGUCACGAAUGUUCAGUCCGAGUCCGUAAUCGUCCAGAAACUCUACACACAUUUCAAGAAAACACCUGGAACACACAAGUUAGGCGUGCUUUACGUCGUAGAUUCUGUAACCCGACAGUGGGUAGACCAGGCAAGAAAGUCCGGCGAGGCAUUUGGCAAUACCGUACCAGAUGGCACCUUCGCUGCUGGUGUCAAUAGAGUAACGGAACUGCUUCCCGUGCUGAUGACUGAUAUCAUACAAUCUGCGCCCGAUGACCAAAAGGUACGCUAUUUAAUGUAUUGCUCAAAAGGCCGAGCGUUUUGUUGCGAGGAUACGCGCAAAGAGCACCUCGAGGAUAGGCUUUCUGCUGCAGUUGACUACCCAGUGCCUUUUCAAUUUGAUGAGCCCAACUUACUCAUUCCCAUGCGUGUACAGGAGAAAAUAAAGAAGCUCGUUGACAUUUGGGAGCGUGGAAAUACUUUUCCGGCACAAAUGCUUUUGUCUUUCAAAGACAAGCUCAACGCCCCGCUUCCACAAAUGGUGCAAUCAACAACGCCCGAAGGAUCGCCGCCCCGGGACCUGCAGCAAUCCCUCAAUUUGCAACAAGCACAGCCUCAUCAGCAACAAACGCAAGCAGCUUCGGCACCAAACACCUCUGCUAUAUUGGCAGCACUGGCAAAUAUGGCUAAACAGACCCCAGCGGCAUCUUCAACGACACCUUUUCCGCCACAGGAUAGUUCAAAUAAUGUAACCAAUGCACAGAAUGCAGUUCCGCACCAAGUGUCUUCGUCCGUAACUCAGGCUCCGUUGCCGCCGAUCGCACCACCUGUAAACAUGCCUACGAGCGGCCAAGUAACUGCACCACAAUUUCCGGCAUUGAAUAGUACUUCUCAGGUCCCUGCUACUGCGGCACCUAAUCCCCUCGCAGCUUUAGCAACUAUGCUUCCUGCAGCAAAUCCAGGCGGGGGGUCUGAUAUUUUGCAGCAGCAGUUGAUGCUUCUCCAAGGACUCGCACAAGCAGGUAUCCCUCAAGAGCAGUGGGGCCCGAUUUUGGGUGCUCUCAAUCAAGGUGCUGCUGCUGCUGCAGUCUCUGCUACUCCAGUACCAGCAGCCAGUAAUGUUGCCCCUAAUGCAUGGCCUCAAGCAGUUGAUCCGAAUGCUUGGGGGGGAAGGAAUGACAUGGUGUCACGUGAUCGGAACGGCGUAGCUGAGACUCACAUUCGCACACCUGACCAUCAGUAUCGUCGCUCUCGGUCCCGGUCACCUGUCGACUGGGGCCGCAGUCGCGAGACUCCUCCUCGACGCCGGGACAGCCCCGUAUAUGGCGAAUACAGUGGAGAUUCACCUGCCCGUAAUGCUCAGCGGGGUGACAACUAUGACCGACGAGGCCGCAUUAAGAGCGGUCGUGGUAGAGGCAAUGACUAUCGGCAACGUAGUCCCCCGUCUGUUCGACAGCAUCGCAGUCCUAGUCCUUCUCGGCCAUUUGACGCUCCGCCGCCAAAUAUGCCAAAAUGGGUCGACUACGACUACACGAUAGGACAAGGCAACAUCAAAGUUCUUAGCAGAACCCUCUUUGUUGGCGGCGUUACGUGUUCUGAGCGCGAACUUCGUGAAGUGUUCUCCAAGUUUGGUCAAGUACAGACCUGUAUUGUGAAUACCGACAAACGGCAUGCCUUUGUCAAGAUGUUUUCGCGUAGAGACGCCGUAGCUGCGAAAGAGGGCAUGGAACAUUUCAAAUCAACUGAAAUGCAGUUACGGACUCGCUGGGGAGUCGGAUUUGGACCACGUGACUGCAGCGAUUAUCAAAGUGGAAUCAGUGUGAUACCCAUCGAUCGAUUGACCGAUGCUGAUCGAAAAUGGAUGCUUACUGCUGAAUAUGGUGGAUCUGGAGGGAAGCAAAUCGAGGGUGGCUUAUCCGUUGAGGAGCCUGAUAUUGAAAUUGGUGCAGGUGUCUCAUCUAAAGCAAUCAGCCGACGAAUGGCUACCGACCAGGGAGGGAAGAAUGGUCCUCGCUCAAGUAGAUCUCUUCAGGAUAACACUUCAAGAUACCGUCGCAAUGAUCGUCACGACGGCUCAGACCGGGAUUCCAAUCCCAAUGCUAUCGGCGUGCCCCCAGCUGUCCCUGGUUUCGGUUUUCAAUUUCCCAGUAUCCCAGGAGGCAUGCCCAUGCUUCCUCCUGGGUUUAUGUUGCCUGGUGCUGCACCUUCGCAACCUCCGCCUCCGGGGCACAGCAGCUAA